UCGGCCGCGUCUGAGUGUCAGUGUCGGCGCCGCCGCCGCGGUCUCCGGUGCGGUCCCGGCCUCUCCGCGCCGCCGCCCGCGCCCCCGCCGCCCGCGCCCCCGCCCCUCGGCCCGCGCACUUGCCCGCGCGCCCGGCCUCGGAGCCGCGCUGCCCGGGGCCAGCGGCCUCGUCCCGCCACGGAUGGCGCACUCGCCGGCCGCCGCGCCGGGCGCGCAGGAGCCGGGCUGCCCCAUCCGCGUAGAGCACGACCGUCGGCGCCGCCAGUUCACCGUCCGGCUCAACGGGUGUCACGACCGGGCCGUCCUGCUCUACGAGUACGUGGGCAAGCGGACUGUGGACCUGCAGCACACGGAGGUCCCCGAUGCCUACCGCGGGCGCGGCAUCGCCAAGCACCUCGCCAAGGCUGCCCUGGACUUCGUGGUGGAGGAGGACCUGAAGGCCCACCUCACGUGCUGGUACGUCCAGAAGUACGUCAAGGAGAACCCGCUGCCCCAGUACCUGGAGCGCCUGCAGCCGUGACCCCGGCGGGGGGCAGGCGAGCCCUGCCAGGCAUCUCCUCGCCCUGGCCCUGCCUCUGUGUGCUCUCAGGACACAUGGAUCCCAUGGCGGGGGGCCACUCAGCUGUUUUGUAAGGACGCUCAUCGGGGCCCCAGCGGCGGCUGGCCGAGGAUGGGCCGUGGCCGGUGACUGGCAGGGGAGGCCAGGCAGCCGCACCCCGGCAGCUCCUGCCUGCAGACCUGGCGGCUUCUUGGAAGACCCCCGGCCCGUGGGCAGGACUGGGACACGGAUGGCAUCCCUGUGGCCCGCUGGGCCCCCGUGUUCCUUGCUCUGUGAUUGGCAAGUGCCAUCCUGGCACCCCCUCACCACCCCUGCCACUCGGUGCUGUUCCCAGCGUUGAGAAGAGCAAUAAGAAACUAUCUGCCCGCUCCGAGGGCACAGCGCCCGCUGCGGCUGCCGUCAGCUCUGCCCUUCCUCCUGCCCGCCUGGCAGGGCUGGCCGGGCAGGUCUCCCUGAUGUGUGCGGGGAGCGGCCUGGGCAUUUGCUCGGGCUCACCUGUGCACACAGCACGCCCAGCGCGGACGCUGAGUGCCAGGCGAUGCGCCGGCGGAGAGGCUGGGGGAGCGCGCUGUUCUCUACCCUCCCCCCGCCCGCCCCCGGGCCUGUGCCCUAACUCCUGGCCUCCUUGUCUGUCAGCUCUGUGGGGACCAAGGUCCCGCCCCUGUGGCCUGCCCUGCCCUCUCCACCUGCCUGUCGCCAGGGCAGCUCCAGGGGCUCCGAAACCUCCCGGGACCCGCCCCUCUGCCCAGGCCCUGGGUGAGCUUCCUCAGAGGGACCCUGGGAGCAGAGGUGGAGGGAGAGCUGCCCUCCACGCCGUCCUCCCGCCAGGAAAGGACUUUCCUGCAGAGGCCGCCAGCCUCGGGCGUCUUCCGGGUGAGCGGUGGCUGGGCCUGGCCCCGGAAACCUCGGGAUGGCGGAGGGCACCUCCUUUCGACUGUGCUCCCCAGCUCUGCAGUGUGCUAUAUGAGGGCCAGGGGAGCCCCUGGUCCCCCCUGUGCUGGGAGUCAGGGGCCAGCAGGGGGUGGGCCCAGCUUCUGGCCCCUUCCGAGGCUGGGGUAGCCCAUCCUGGCCCAGCUGAAGAGGGGGGAGGCCUGAGAGUGGACAGACCGGCCGGCCCAGGGUCUGGGUCUUUUCCCUCCCUCGCUCCCUCCCCCGUCACACAAGUUUACAUACAGAGUCGUCAUGGAAACUGUCCUCUCUCUGCAGCCCGUGGGGUGAGGUGGCCCAGUGCCAGGAGGAUGCCCGAGCGGGGUCCUCGGACCAGCGGGCGGGCGGGGCCGGGAGCACUGUGCCCAGCCUGAGCCUGUGUUCUGACAGCGGGAGGCGCGCAUGCUGGGCCAGCAGGCAAACAGCUCGUGUCCGGAACCAGGAGCUGCUGGGGGGAGUGGGUGGCCUUGGCCCAGGGACAGCUGGUCCCAGUUCCGGCAGGUGUGGCCGCCUUGCCGCCGACGCCUUACCGUGCGUGCCCGCUGCCGGCCGCCCUGCUGGCCGCCGGGGCUCCCGUAGAGCCCGGCCGCCCUGGCCUGGAGCCCUCGGCUGGCACGCCGACCGGUGUGGCCGUGGUUGGUGGCCUCUGGUGCUGCCCAUGUGUCUGGCAUCCAGCCCCCUCCCCCGGCCUCCCCGGCCAGGAGGCCCGGAGCCCUCGCUGUGGGCCGGGGCAGCACCGGCCCUCCCAGCAGGUCGCUCACAGGCCGGUUCCCUCAUGUCCUAACUCACGUGCCUUCCCCCCUCAGGACCCGCUCUGGGUGACCUCUGGCCAAGGCCCUGGCCCCUUGUUGUUUUUCAAGCUCCUGACCAGAGCGCAGGGCGUGCGUGUCAGCGGAAGCCGUGUGGCCUCGGGGCCGCCACCUGCCUGCUCCGCGCUUACCAGUGAUCGAGCUGCGGCCUGGAGGUGCGGGAGCCCACGGCGUGAGGCUGGGCGGAGCUCCCGUCCUCCGUCCGCUGCUGACCUCACUGGCAGCCCCGCGGUUCCCCAAGGUCUCACAGCCAGAUAGCGGGGCACCAGGGUCUGGGGGACACCUUGGCUCCUGUGCCUUCUCCCCCCUUCACCGCCAGCCAGGGCCCUGCCCUGUCCCUGCCUCCACCCGAGGGAAGGGCCGUCGGAGGCCUGGCAUGCCCUCACGCAGAGCGGCUGCGAGGGCCUCACCCGGAAGAGGCGGUGAUGUCAUAGGGCCUCACAUCAGCUGCUCUCUCCCCCUCAAAAGCCUUCUCUUGGGGCUUCUAGUCCAGGGGAGCGAGGUGAGGUGCCCAUGCAGGCCUGCGGGGGUAACAUCACAAAUGGCCUCCAAACAGGAUUAAGGGGCCUGGCCAGUGUGGCUUGGUUGAGCACCGUCCCAUGCACUGGAAGGUCACCAGUUCAGUUCCCAGUCAGGGCAUGUACCCGGAUCGCAGGUUUGAUCCCCAGUUGGGGUGUGCAGGGAGGGGUGACUCCUUUCUGAAUGGGAUGUUUUCCUCCUAGUUCCCACCCUGGGGUCACAGUGCUGUCCCCAAACACAGGAGGAAGAAGAGGGCGUUGCAUGGCCAGGCCCUCAGGCCUGUCUGGUGGUGAGCAGCCCUGUAGCUGCGAGGAGGCUGGGGGGCAGGGGCAGGGCCGGGGCCACCCCUUCCUGCAACACCACGUGCCCUCUGUGUCCUGAGGCCUCUGUCCCGCGGCGACGGGCGGCCUGGGAGAGCUGUAUGCCCUGUGCUGUCCCUGGUCACUGGGAAGGCCGGGCAGGGCUCUGUCUGGAGCCGCAAGGUACAUGGCUGAUUGGGAUGCCCGGCUGAUCUGAGAAGGUGGCUGCGUGCAAGGCCGCUGUGAUGGGGAGAUGGAUGGAGUGUCCACCCAUCCCCUCGCUUGGUCCUCAGCACAGAAGCCUCCGAUUGGCUGAUGUCUACCCAGAUGUCCCCUCUGCUGUUCUCAGGGCCCCACUUCCUCCCGUCGGCACCCUAAGUUUUAUAGGAGGGCGUGGGGCGGCAGCCCGCCGGCCCGCACGGGUGUUUUCCGUUGUGUCGUUCUGAUGGCUACAGAUAUUAAACAGGUUCUGUUCUGGGUUCCGAGA